CCACACACAGAGCUGCAGUAGUGCAGACACUGUAGCAGGCAAACCAUAUUCCCAGCAUCGGCCAUUAAAACUCUUCCUACACCAGCGUGGGCUGCCUGCACCCCCUGCUCUCUCUGCACACACCCCACCACCCACCCUUCACUGUUCAAAUGCUUAAAAAAAAAGGAGAAGAGAAAGACACUGAAAAAAGAAAACAGGAUGCUUCUUUUGUUUCAACGCUAUUCCAGGGACCUGAACCUCUCCACCUGCCUGUGAAUUGGCCACCUAAAGGUUGUUAACGUGACACCAAAUGUAAAAAAAAAAAAAAAAAGAAAACCCCAACUUCCUACUUCUAAUCUGUUUCAAGUCUUUGUCCUCGUUUCUCUCUGCUUGCAUCAAGUAUUGACAGAAAUGAGACUUUUUUGCUGAAAGGCCUGGAUCAAUCAAAGGUCCAUGAGCACCCGGCAGCCGCCCCUGGCAUGGAGGCCCAGCGCCCGGCAGAUCCCGGCCCGGGCCCUGCCCCGCGGGGCUCCUCAGAGCCUGCCCGGGCCCCAGCCAUGCCCCAGCCGCUGUACCUCAAAGCUCUGACGAUCCCGCUGUUCCAGCCCGUCCAGCCAGGCUGUUUCCAGCCGCACGGGCCCUUGGUGACCGGCAGGAGCUGUGUCCACCUCGACGGCAGCAACAUUCCCCUCAUCCUCAACCCGCUGGUUCCUCCAGAGGGCACGGAGCAGCCUCAGCCGCUUUUCCAGAAACAGCUUGGGCAAAGUCUAACGCUGAGCAUAGUCAGCACUCUACCGGUUUUAUCAUCGCCGAGUUCUUGUGUAAAUGCAUCUAUUGGAAACCUGGGAAAAUCAAAAAAAUCUGGGAAAUACAUCUGCAAACACUGUGGACGAGAUUGUUUGAAGCCAAGUGUCCUUGAGAAACACAUUCGCUCUCACACGGGCGAGAGGCCCUUUCCGUGCACCACUUGUGGCAUUGCAUUUAAAACUCAGAGCAACUUGUAUAAACACAGGAGAACUCAAACACACGUCAACAACACCAGGCUGCCCUCAGACUCUGACAUCAGUGGGGGACCAGAACAAAAUGAGAGAUCAGCAGAGAACACCACCUCUCACCAAGGCAGCAAAGUCUUGAGUAGCACCAGUGAAGACCAGGUGAUACACAUCAGACAACCCAGUUCAGAGACCAGUGCAGCAACAGACACCAAGAAACCUCAUGAGCUCUCCCUGCCAGCAACAAGCUCUUCAUCAGCUGCUUCAGAAAAUCAAGAAACAACAAAUCAAUCCUCCCAUUCAAAGGCUAAUCAGGGGGAUCCUGAAAGAGAACCUCAAAGUUUAUCAUCUCCAGGAGCUUUGCCGAAUGGUCUGUGUCUGAGAAAGAAGAUGCAGGAGCAAAGAUCUCCGACUGCCAAUAAGCACAUUCAGCUGCAAAGGCAGCAGGCAACCUCUUCAGAGAAGCAGUGGGAUUACAAACCCUUGGACUGCAAGCUGAAGAAAUGUGAGAGCACCGACUCGGGGUAUCUGUCGCGCUCCGACAGCACAGAACAGCAGAUGACAUCUUCCAGCCCCUUGCACAGUCUCUACGAGCACAGCACGGAACUGGAAAAUGAAACUGCCUUCAGCAGCCCAAGGUGUGCCUCCGGAAGCACUGCAAAGCCAGAGGCAGCUGACAAAGCUACAGCCUUGAUGCUAGAGAAAAAGAGGCUGGAAGAACACAUUUCAAAGCUUAUUUCGCACAACAAAAGUGUGGUGGAUGACACCCAGUUAGACAAUGUCAGGCCCAGAAAAACUGUCCUUUCUAAACAGGGAAGCAUUGACCUGCCAAUGCCUUACACGUACAAAGACUCUUUCCAUUUUGAUAUCAGAACUUGUGAUGUAAAUAGGAAAAAGAAUCUUUCUCUUUGUUCAGCAAAAUCUACCUUUGCACCCCUGGAGAAAUGCAAGCCAAUGUUUUUCCAUUCAGUUCCCACCCAGUUCUCCACAACAAUCGACACUGUGCCUGUUACUCGGAGCAACUCCUUGCCUGUCGUGGAGGGAGCGAGGAUGGUACGUGACAAGCCAGGUUGCUCAAAACCCCUUUCUCUUACUAAGCAGUCUGUAAACACAGGCACUGCUGGUUUGCUGCCUAGCAACGAUCUCGCUGCAAGUUCAGUGGAUUUCCCUAAUAGCCAUCCCCGAGCUCUAGUCAGACAAACAGCAGUGGAUGAUUUGCCCCUAAGUAAUGUGGCUGAUCAUCCUUCUCUGUCAGAGGAGCUGAAAGGGACUAAAAAGCUUGGGGCCGGAGAAGUAAUCAGUGCUAAAAAUAAGAAACACAAUCAAAGGAAGUUGAAGAUGUUCUCUCAAGAAAAAUGGCAAAUGUAUGGAGAUGAAACAUUUAAGAAAAUCUACCAAAAAAUGAAAAGCAGUCAAAAUGCCAAGAAAAUUAAACAAAGAGAGAAUAAGAUUACAGAUACUACAAGGUUAACUCCUAAUUCAAGGGAAUCAGCUGGCAGCACUGAAAUAACUAAGGAAAGAGAUGGUAGCUCUGCAAGUGACAGUCCUUCCUCCCUUGUGACAGCAGCUUCAACCAUGGGUAAAUCAGGAACCUCUGCUGCUGGUAAUCGUGUUCUGGAGAAUGCAUCCUCGGAGGAAACUGCAGACAGGGUGUCCAACCUAAUGGAGACAUCACACUCCAUAACUGCCGGAGCUGUAACCAGCCAAACUUCCCAAGAGCUCAGUGGCAGUGACACGGAGAAAUGCACAGCUGGCAGCAGCACACUGCUGGCUCCAAGCAGUGGUGAGCUCAGGCUACAAAAUCCUGAGAGUCAGCUGAGAAGCCAUGGGAGGAAUGAUGACUGCUUGCCAGUACAGAGUAGCAACCGGGAGAAACCAAGCCCUGGGAAAGAAUCCAGUGCAUUUGAAUUAGAUUGUAAAAGCACUUUACACAAUUAUGGGAACCAUCACGGGACUAAGGAAAGUGGCCAGCAUGGCCUGACGCCCCCGUGGGUCCACUGCAACAACAGAGAAACUGCAGGGAAAUCCCAGACUUUGCCAUCAGAAAGGAAGAAGCUGAAAUUCGAAGUGGAGAAGACACAAAAUGUGAUUUCAGUGUCCUGUCCUAGUCCCAGUAGUGAAACCACUGAAGUAAGUGAAGCAGAGAGAGGCCAUUGCCCUGGCACCCAGUGUCUCCCCACAGCUCCAGUGAAAUUCUCCAGUAAAGCAGAGGAGCAAAAAUCAAGCACAGGAAUUAAUGGAGCCACUGAGGAUGUGGAAUAUAGGAAAACAAUCCAACUUCCCACACAAGCUCUUAAUUACAGUGACAUUAACCUUCUUUCACACCCUGCAGAUAUCUCAAAAGCUUCACUGGUGGGAUUUUUAGGGUCUGAAUUAAGGGGAAGUGAUUCUAACUCUUUUGCUUUGCACAAUGUAACACAUAGAGAAGAUAAAACACAUCUUGUAAGAACAGGAGCAAAAGUGCCACUUCUCAAUGACAAUGCUGUGGAUGUAUCUUCUAAAAGCCAUGAUCCACAAUCUGAUCAUUUAAGUCCAGUCCCACAACAAAAUGCCUUCUCUCCAAAAUAUAUCCUUAAAUUGCCACAGGACAAGAGAGCUUCAGAUCUGUCACCUUUGCUUCGAUCUGAACAGGAGAUGACACCUGGCAUACCUGUGACAGACACCUUAACCCCACCCUGCUCUUCCAGCAGCACAUUCCUCCAUUCUCAUUCCAGUGAUGUGGUUUGGUCUCCUUUAAAAUCUGAAGUGAGACAAAAGGCUGGCAAAGGAGAAAUUCAAUGGAAUCUUCACACAAACUGGAAACCUCCAGGAUUCUGUUCACCAGUCAACUCAGAAACCACAAAUAUCUUAACCAUAGCAGAGAAUACCUUUCGUAACCAAAACUUCAAGCACCAGGAUAUUGCAAGAAAGGACUGGAAAAACAAACAGAACAAAAAUAAAUUAAAUUAUCAACGACAAACAGAAGAGAAGUGGAUGAGUAAAAGUACUUGCUCUACACAGACUCCGAAGAAGAAAAUCUGCUUUACUUCUGUGUAUACAAGUGGCUUUUUCAUAUCUGCUGACAUCAAAGAUGAGAGGAAGGCUUUACAUCACCUUUGCUCAGGAAGUGACUCUUUGAUAAAGACAUCAGUUUCCAGCAAGACUGCAGAGCCAGCAAUCCUGGGAUGGGACAGAGCGGGAAGUCCACGCGUCCUUAAGGACACCCCACCACCACUGCAGGAUCUGCAGCAUUCCCAGAGCUCAAGAGACAACCCCACUUAUUUUUGCCAUUCUUUUGGCACUUUCUACUGCCACACUCUCAACACUCACUGCAAAGGAUUCCCAGUGCUGGCCCACAAUAACAGGACCAGCUACUCUGGCACUUCUCCAGUACCAGGCUCCAAGAGCACCUUCCCAUCCCUCAGUGCCGAGCCCCGGCUGACCUGGUGCUGUCUGAGCAGGAGCCUCCCCCUGCCCUCAGAGCAGAGUGGGAAUGCAGCCUCUGCCCACCCCUCCAUGCACACCUGGGACAAGGAACCCAGCAGGGAAUGCACCCUGUCGAAAUACGACAUCUCCAUUUUCAAAAUGAGAAAUAUUAGCAAGACUGUGGCAUAUGGCUUAACAAACACAAGCUUAAAAACGUUGGUUUCAUCCUUUUCUAAAGGACAUCAGAUGCAGGAGUUAAGCUCAGAAGUUCCUGGUGGUUCUUUCAAAAAUAUUUCAGAGCAAAAGAAGAAAACAAUAGUUUGCAAAAAGGAAAAACUCUCAACAACUAAACUCAAGAGGAGCCACAAACAGAAAAGGAUUAAAGUCACCCCUAAAUGGUACAGAGGGAGGCACAUCCAUGGAUUUGCUCAGCUGAAAAUGAACCGGCUGAGCAAGAGGCCCUGUUUUCCCAACAGAGCUCUGGAUGCUUUGAGAAAGGGCUGCUCAUCCCAACCCCCCAGAUUUAACAAGCAUAAGAAGUGCCAUCCUCCUCAAUCCAAGAUGCAAGAAAAUUAUCUACAACAGCAAAAAGACACAUCAUAUUCCACCUCAGACAAACAACUUUGCAGAAGGAAAAAAGAAGCAAAAAAUAACUCAGGAAUAUCUUCCCAUACUGAAAAUCUAAACCAUGUUAAACAAAAAGACAAAAUGGAUAAAAAAGACAUUUCUGGGCAAAUCAGGGAACACCCAAGAACAAACGCCUCUCUCCAGAACAUUACAGCUCCUCUGGGAAUAGCUGUGACAGCUCAUUCCUUUUCCUCCACAGCUGACACAUCCCUGCAGGAAUUCAGCAGGGAUGUGGCCAUUUGCUGCUGGGUGACGCAGCCCCUCGUGCUCCAGCCAUCCCUGCCUGGGGAAUCCCAGCCAAGCCUUCGCAGCGACCCUGUGGCAGCUUCCUUUGGGUCUUGCCCUGAAUUUACAAACACAGGCUCAGGUGACCAACCUGACAGCACAAACCCAGAGGCUGCUGCUCCUCUUUCCUUACAUCCAGGAGCAAGCCAGGAAAACACACUGAGGGUAGAGUCAGAGAGCCAAAUAUUUGGAAUAUCAGACCUGGUGAUCCAGGCAUCUGGAAGGGGGAAACCUCCAAGUGAAGAAAACACACAUUCACCUCCCACAGAAAAUUCAGCUCCCAGCUCCCAGCCAGGAUGUUCACAUUUGUUUGGAUCACAAGCAGAGUCUGUUCCUGAGACAGUCACGAGGGCUCAGUUACCCAGCAGGGAACACUCACAGAGGGCAGACUUAUCUCAGCACCUCCUAGAGCUGCAUGGAAGCGCAGAUAGGAACAGAUCCCACCUGCAGCCCAAUCCCUAUGGAAGGCCACAUGGAGCAGCUAUUUCUACCUUUAAAAGUUCCCCCGUUACUGUCAGAUCCCCUGAGUUCAAGAGCUGUUCUGCAACACCCCCCAAGACAUACAAAAAGAGAGGUUUAGAGAUGAUGAGGAAACAAACACGGGUGGAAUAUGAUGACUCGAGCAGUGAUGAUGAGGACAGGCUGGUUAUAGAAAUUUAGCAGCAGGCUGCUGCCAGGGCUUGUCUGCCAGCCUGUUACAGCAGGAAAUGCCAGGGAUCUUUGAUCCACGGCUCUGAAACACCUUAACAUCAGCAAAGCCAUUCCUCUGUGCCAGAGGCAACACCCUCUUUGGAAGAGCCCUUCCUUUCAAGGACUCAACCUUUUUUUGAAGAUGCUCAUUUGAGGCUGGCAUGGCACAUUUAAAUGCAAGAGGCAACCCUGUGUUCCUGACAGGUUUCCAGCAUUGUUGAUGCUCCUGCCAGUCUCAGAAUUCCCUCAAGUGCUGGCUGCCUGUUGGUGUGUUACUCUAAGCCUGCAGUGGAUUGGGUUAUUUCAACAAUCCAACUGCAGCAGCUUCCUCAGUUCCUCAGCUGCUGGAAGGGUACAGAUGUGCUCUCCUCUCUAAAUUCCUGUUUCUUCUAGUCACUGCCUCUGUACUGGGAGUGACACACUGGCAUUAAGGGGAAGAUCUGUUCCCUAAGGAUCUGUGAUAUUGGAAGAGUCUGGAAAAAUGCUGGUCUUUUUCCAUGUUGCACAAAUGUCAGUGCUUCUGUGUGAGAAAUUACACAAGCAUGCCUUGCUUUGUGUUUUGUGCCUUUUAUGCCAAGAUCUACUCAAAUAUUCUUGAUUUCUAGGUGGAGAAUAUGGGUGUUAACUAUUGGUAUUUCCUUGUGGUAAAAUUUCUGACAAGGAUUCUCUCAUUAUAUUUGUCACAUUGUGCUCCAACUGAUGUCAUCUGGAAUGUUUAAUUUUUAUUGUAAUUUUAACUGCAAUGAUGUCAUUUUAAGGAGGGUAAAGAAGCUAUAUGGCAUAGAUUGUUUUCUUUUUUAAACAAGUUUUGUGCUACAAACCCUAAAAUUUACUGGUUUCUAUGUGAAUAAAUAAUUAGAUAUUUCAAUUUGA